CCUGCCUGACCCUUAGCUCAGUGCCCUGGAAUCCUGGGCUCAUGUCGCCGUUCUGGGCAGCUCGUUCCUGGACCAAUCAGAGCCACACACAUGAGCUGGAGUUCGUUCUGCUGGGCUUUGCACAUGUGCCCUCCCUGCGCCCAAUGCUCGCAGUGCUCUUCCUGGCCAUCUUCCUGCUCACGCUGCUAGGCAACACGCUCAUCGUCCUGCUCACCAGCCUUGACCCAGGCCUGCGAGCGCCCAUGUACUUGUUCCUGCGCCAGCUGGCCCUGGUGGAGAUCUGCUUCUCACUGGACGUGGCGCCCCGUCUGCUAGUGACCCUGCUGCGACCUGGUCGCGGGAUGUACCCCACAAGCUGUGCCCUGCAGCUGCUCCUUGUGCUGUCCUGUGUCACAUCUGAGUGUUUCCUCCUCACAGUCAUGGCCUGGGACCGCUUCCUGGCCAUUUGCAGGCCUCUGCACUACGGCGCCAUCAUGAGCCCACGGUUGUGCCACCUGCUGGCCACCAUGUGCUGGCUCGCAGGAAUUCCCGUGGCUCUGGUCUUCACCAUCUGGCUCUUCAACUUUCCCUUCUGUGGACCACGGGGCAUCCGACACUUCUUCUGUGACAUAGCACCUCUGCUGAGCCUGGUGUGUGCAGACACCAGAGUCUUCGAGGCCAACGUGUUUGUGGCCACUGUCCUCGUCAUCAUGGUUCCCUUCUGUCUUAUAGCUACAUCCUACAUCUUGAUUCUGGCUGCUGUCCUUCGGAUGCCGUCAGCCUCUGGGCGCCACAAGGCCCUGUCCACCUGUGCCUCCCACCUCGUCGUGGUAAUUCUGUUUUAUGGCACAACGGGAGUCAUCCACUUGCGCCCCAAGGCCAGCUACUCUCCUGAGAGCAAGCAAGUAGUGUCCCUGUCCUACACCAUGGUGACCCCCAUGCUCAACCCCCUCAUCUACAGCCUGCGGAACAAGGAGGUCAAGGCUGCCUUUGGGCGUGUGUGCUGUGGACGCCAAGGGUCUAGGCUCUAGACUCGAUGGAAGAAGCUUCCCCUUUACCACCAUUCAGAGUGAGGAAAUUGUUGAGGCCCACGUUCCCAGGGUGGCUUAAGACCCUGACUUUCCUCUAGGAAACCCAUGACUGCUUCCAUUUUCCUACCCAAGAGAAGGCACAACACCAAACUUUCCGUCUCUAAUCAUGGUUAUUUUAAAUAAAGGUGGGUGAACAAAUCCACUUUAAGCCAAGGAGAGUGUGUUAGCUAGCAUCUUCUGGAAGAAUGUUGCACAAUAAGCCAUUUUAAAAUUUAGUGUCUUGAGCCCCAACUAGGCAUCUUUUGUCACCAAAUGAAGCUUCCAGUACCAGGAUUCAUUUACAUUUAAUUGAGAUGUUGGCCAAAGGCGUCACAUGGGAACACCCAAACAAGCCAAGGUUGUUGCCAAGACUGUAGGUUGUUCUCCACAAUCUAACGGGCAAGGUCCCGUUGCUGUAGAUGACACCUACACAACUCAUUUAACAUGGGGAAGUCAAGCUGGUGCCUACACCGAGCCUUCGCCUGUACUGGCUAGCAUCUGGUACAGGCAGAUACUCUGCGUGCUACCACAGGAGAAACAUAAACACCAACCUAGCUGCAAACACUUUGAUCCGCAACGGUGUCCAGGUAUGCCAGUGUAAUGGUGGCACAAAGCUUGGAGAAGUAACCAAUUAAUAUCUGAUCUGACUUAAGGGCCACUCCACAAAUGGAACCCAUCCCCAACAUUGCUUGGGUAAUCAAGAACCUGAGACUAAAUAGCCCAGGGACCUAGUGUAAAACAAACAAACAAAAAUAGUGUCUUAAAGCCUGUCACCUAUUCUCAUUCAAUUUCAAUUGGCUGAGUGUUAGGUAGCCUAGGCUGGACAUACCUUAGUGGUUUUUGACAUGGGCUAAUUUUGCGUAUGCACAUAGAUGUUGUUCAAUGUUAGCGUGGUUAUAAUGAAGAAGCUUUUAUCUAUAUACUUCUCAAGAUCAAAGAGUUGAUUAAAGCAUGGCCUUCCAUUGCAGUAGCUGAAGUAUAAAAGGGGAGAUCCAAUUACAUGCCAGAUUGUCAAGGCUUUGGUCACAUGGCGUACUAUCAUUAGGAAUAGACCAUUUAAAGCCUGUGGGAAGAUCUAAAGUCAAGAGGUAAUGUAUUCCCUCGGGCUUUAUGUGAAGGAGGCUGGAGUUAUGUGAAACUUGACCUUCGUAGAACGGUGAUUGAGGAAAUUAAUAAGACAUUAAUAAAUCAACAUCAAACCCCCAGAUCUCAAAAUUUCUCUCUCAGAUUUUUUUCUUUGUCCAUCAUCUGAGUGAGGGUUUCUACUGCUGUGACAAAAACACCAUGGCCAAAAGCAAC